CAGGGCGAUAAGCGCUGCGGUUGAGAACGUACGGUAGGCUUUGAGUAAACGCACAAAGGUUCGCUCGCAAACGUAGAGAAACACGGCCAACACCCACACCACGCCCUUGCAAAGGAAGCUCGCCCGUGUAACGCUCAUCUGAAAAAAAAGAAAAAAAAGUGAUUUCAGCUUGAACUGGGAAGAUGCAGGCGACCACGGUAACCCGCCAAACGACGACGGUUACAUCCACCUCCGGUGUGACACGCUUCCAUUUUGUUCAAGUGAACACUACCUUCGUUUCAAGUCACGGAGGAUUGCUCACAUUUCUUGAGCUGAUCCUCGGCAUUACCGUGUUUGGCCUACUUCACAACCAUUGGGUGUCUAACGUGGUUCUCUACCUGUACCUCGUCUCGUUUGCGUACUGGCUCCCAAGCUUAUAUGUCCUUCUUUCGGGAGCCCUUUCCGCCACCGGUACCGUGCUGCCAACGACAUUGUUUUUCUUUGUGUUCCAUGCUUGUGGAUUUCUCCUCUACCUUGCUGGUGGCAUUGGUGUCCUCGUGGUAGUUGCCAAGUACCAAUGGGCCCAGGCUAUAGCCGCAGCGGUACUGGGCCUCUUUGCGUCAGUCGCUCAUCUCGUCCACGCAAUACUUUUCUACAAGUCGAACUGAAGAAAUCACCACAGCAGUAUAAUAUUUCUUGUCAUAUUUCUGGAGUCGGUGCAAGAUAGUACCUACGAGCCACCGAGUUACACACAAAGAUAAAUGUGUUGAUGUAGUCA